GAGGGGUGAGAGCGAGAGAGAGAGAGAGAGAAGGAGAGACAGAGAGAGGGAGAGAGAGGUGAGCACAGCACACACGUCGCACUAUCAACUGAAUCCAUCUAAGAAAACAACUGGCUGGGAGUCCGGGUCUGAGCUGUGUAGGCACUAAAGGCAAGUUUGAGCUCCCCACUAAACAGCGCACCGGACGGACGCAGCUGGCCGUCAUGGCCCGUGGUGGAUCGGGCGGCGGACACUUCGGCGAGUGCGUCCUCACCGUUCGGGCAGAGUGUGGAGGGGGACAAGUGGACGCUGCGAUCACCCUGCCGCCGCUUCCUUAGCUCCUCAUGCGCUGCUGACGGUGCUGAGUUAAAGCGGAGGGGCUCCGUUGGUGAAGCGCCCGGGAGCUGGAAAACAGAAGAAGAAGAAAAAAAAGAAAGUGCGGACAGCGGUGCGGACGGACGCGCAGCCACAACCCGGGGGGGGACCCAUGCAGGCAAAUAUGCUGUUCUGUAGACUCACCGGGUUCACGCUGCUGAUCGGAACCGAGUCGCAACAGCAUUACCACACGGACCUUUACGCACGGUCAUACAGCAGGACCGCCUGAAGAACAGGAGCUGGAAGAAAGGGGAAAAGUUGAACGCGGUAGCGGGGUUUGUAAUGGAUAAAGGCUCGCCAAAGGUCUCUGGAACCAAAUGUCACCCCCCUUGGACUCUGCCCUGGUCAGGGACCAGCAGUGUGUGACGGACAGGCGAGUGGAGCCUGUGGUGGCUCUCGACUGCGUGGCUUCAAAUUGGCCCUGGCUGAGCUCUGCAUGGAGCAACGAGUGAAGAGUCCUGCUAUGGUCUGAUGUCUCAGCAUGGAUGGAGUCAGUCAGAGGACUGGCCACCACUAAUGAGACCGUCGCUCUUCAGCUGAGGACUAGCAUUUACAGGAUUACUCCCACGGUUUCCUGCUCUUUUCCCAGCUAACUGCAUCAUUACUUAACUCUCCUAAGUGGACUUUUUGUGAGUCUAGUUUUUGGUGGAUAUAUACGUCAUUGCCUUUCUGAUUUUCAUAUUUGGUUUUUUUUUCCCUCCCUCUUCUUUUUAUUGUUGGUUUCCAUUUUCCCGUUUUGCUUUUCCACUAUGGAGUUUCUGGCUGGACCCUGGAAUAAAGAUUGGGCUUCAUUCUUGCAAUUUUGGUUGACUGUCAUCUUAAGCCUCCAAAUGCAAUUCAGCCCGGGUGCCUCUUGCCCGGACGAGUGUCGUUGUGACAAAACGUUUGUGUACUGUAACGAACGCAGCCUGACAUCAGUGCCUCUGGGGAUACAGGAGGGCUACAAGGUCCUCUACCUACAUAACAACCAGAUCAACAGUGCUGGCUUCCCUGUGGAAUUUCACAAUCUGGCCUCUGUGGAGACUGUCUAUCUUUACGGCAACCAGCUGGACGAGUUCCCUGUCAAUCUGCCCAAAAACACCAGGGUCUUGCAUCUCCAGGAGAACAAUAUCCAAACAAUCUCCAAGGCAGCCCUGGCCCAGCUGACUCAAUUGGAGGAGCUGCAUCUCGAUGAUAACUCCAUCUCCACCGUGGGGGUGGAAGAGGGGGCCUUUAGGGAGGCAGUAAGCCUCAAACUCCUCUUCCUCACCAAGAACCACUUGAGCAGCGUUCCCAUUGGCCUUCCUGAGGACCUGAAAGAGCUGCGGUUGGAUGAGAACCGCAUUGCUGUCAUUGCGGAGGAGGCCUUCCAGAAUGUGACACGCCUGCAGCGCCUCCUGCUGGACGGGAACCUGCUGACGGACGAGGGCAUUGCGCCAGGGACUUUCCGGGACCUAGCCAACCUCCGUGAGCUGGCCCUGGCCCGCAAUUCACUUACAUUUCCCCCUCCCCUCCUACCCAGCCAGUCACUGGUAAAACUCAGCCUGCAGGAGAACCAGAUUGACCAGAUCCCUGUGGCGGCCUUCGCUGGCCUAAACAGGCUGGAAAAACUGGAUAUCUCCAGCAACCAGCUUCAGACUCUGACACAAGGUGUGUUUGAUGGCCUGUCGAGCCUCAGACACCUCAUAGUGCGUAAUAACCCCUGGCGAUGUGACUGUGCAGUGAAAUGGGUGGUGGUGUGGCUCAAGUCUUUGCCUCCUUACAUCAAUGCCCGAGGAUUCGUUUGCCUGAGUCCAGACAAGGUACGUGGCAUGGCAAUCAGAGAGCUCACGCUGGAUAUUAUUGAGUGUCCGGUCGAUGCCGAUCAGCCGCCCUGGCCGACCCUCCGCUCUACACCCCCUCCCCCACCCACCACUACCGCUGUCACCACCAUGAUCUCCACCGUCAUCACCACAUCCAUCCCUUACUACUUUGAUUCACCCUCCCCUCCCUUACCUCCAAUCCAUAACAACCCUCCUGGGCCGCUGCCUCCUUAUGAGGACCCCCUUCAGAUCUCCUUCAAUGUGGUCAACUCCACCAGUAUCGAGGUGAGCUGGGAUUCCUAUUUCACCGUCACAGCCUACAAGGUCACUUGGGUCAAAAGGGGCCAAACCCAAAUAAACGAAGGAAUGAGGGAGCGGACGGUGAGCGGGGGCCGGCGACAUAUCAGCCUCACCAACCUGGAGCCCCGGUCUGUGUAUCGGAUCUGCGUGCACGUGCUGGACACCCUUAACUCCUACAGGCCUGGAGAGGAUACUAUAUGCUCUGAGGCCAGGACCAAGCCUGCCUUGUCUACUAAGCCUCCUGGCAGAGACCAAGCUCCACAGGAGAGCAUCAACUCCACACUGCUAAUGGCUGGGAUCAUAGGUGGGGCGGUGCUUAUCAUCCUGGUAACGCUGCUCAGCCUGUUCUGCUGGCAUAUGCACAGGAAGAGCCGGUCAUCUUCGACCAAGUGGAAAUACAACCGGGGCAGGAGAAAAGACGACUACUGUGAGGCUGGAACCAAGAAGGAUAACUCCAUUCUGGAGAUGACUGAGACCAGUUUCCAGAUAGUGGCUCUGAACAAUGAGCAGCUGCUCAAGGGAGAUUUCCGCAUUCAGCCCAUCUACACACCCAAUGGGGGCAUUGGAUUUAGAGACUGUCACCUCAGUAACAACAGUAUAGCCUAUUGCAAGAGCAGCAAUGUGCCCAGUACAGAGUUCUGCCACACGUGAUGCAGCAGCAAACUCUACAGCAGCAUUCGCACAUACACAUACACACACACACACACACACCAGACAUACUUAACAACAUAAAUACACACACAUAAACCGUUUGUGUAGACAACAAAAACCAUAAAAAAUUCUAGUGAAAUAUAACUGUACUAUAUAUAUUUCCAAGUUCUGUCUACAAUGUAAUUUAUACUGUGGAUAAUACUGUGGGAUUCUCUGCUAUCUUUUUUAUUCUUAGAAAAAGAGAUACAAGUGUUUCUUUUUUUUAUAAUCAGCAGGGUUUUGAAAGUUGUUUUAAUGGUCAGUACUGUACAUGAACAUGGAUUUGUACAAUCACGGCACCCUGGGUGUAGCUUCUGACGAACGCUGUCAGCCUAGGAAACGUUGGGGCGCUUAGAGGGCUGGGAUCCUUUGCUAACCACAGAAGCAAAAUAUGGCCUUUUUGCGCUUUGACACACUGCAAACACUCCCCAGUACAACAGAACAGUGGUAAAGACAACACAGCACAGGGGAAAUCCAAACACUGCUGAUUAGAGCGCUGUGGAAAUAAAGCACUGGUUCAUUGGUGGCAUGUUGUAAAAAAAAAAAAAAAGAAGUGCACUUUCUUAUUAAUGGAAGCAAGGCAGGAAAUGAGCAGAGGUGGUGCUCACAUGUAAGGGAUCGUGGCUGGUUGUAUAGGGAGAAUGUCAUUGGAAAGCCUGGACUGAGAUUUCCCAAAAGAGCCUGAAGACUAAAAGCAUCUUUGUUCUGUUGGUUUACAGUGGAACAAAGGUGAGCUUAGUCCAGAGACGCUUUUGGAAAACUCUGGAAAAGGAUGUGUCAUUUUCAGCACGUUUGUUUUUGUGGUGAAGAGGUGCAAUUAUUAACAUGAGCUUAAAAAGCAACAAAGGAUUAUUGUCCCUAAUGAGGCGCAUGGAUGUGCUGAGACAUGCAGAUCCUUUUGAAGAAAUUCCCUAAUUUGUUCUGCUUCUUUUUUUUUCUUUUUUUUUUGUUGCCUGUUUUCCCUGUUUUGGCAAGUGAGGCCACAAGGGGGCAGUUUCCCUCAGCGUCAUGUGUGGGACAGAGGAACAGAGGGCAAGACAGAGAGAUCACUUUACCUCCACCAUUCCCCUAGAGUCCAUUACCCAGACAACAUUACUCAUGGCCAAACAGCAUUGUUUAGAGUAUUAUUGUUCAUCGAGCUACCCAGUGAUGUGGAAUCAUUUAAAACUAACAGUGUUUUCUGUGUUUGGAGGCUAAAUUAUAUGGAUUUUCACCACUGUGGUCUAUCAUGGAGGCUACUGUUCCUCCCUGCGUGCAUGUGUGUGUGUGUGGACAUGAUGAAUUUUGAGAAGACACACACAUAAUGCUAAUUAUACUCCCACUUAUUUCAGCCUUGUCCUAGCAUUCAUUAGGCUUUUUGAUAAAUUAGGAAAUUACAACAAUAAGAUCUCACCCCGCCCAUGAUCCUCACAGAGCACAGUUGUGACUGAGCAGCUCAGCCAGGAUCUCAUCAUUUAUCCUUUUGUCUACAUUUAUGAGACUGCCUGCUUCGUUUAUGGUUCGCACACCUGAACAAUGCACCUGCUCACCACACGACGUUAGCUUCUGCGAUGAUGAUUUUUACCCCAUUCCCCUCGCUUUCCGUGUCUUUCAGUCUCUGUCCGACUCAUGUCUCCCUGUCUGUCUCUACACCUUUGAUCCCUGCGUGGGCUCAAUUAAAACAGUUUUCUUGCCCUUCAGCUCAUGGGCUGUGGUGGCAGUUCUUUGCAUGUGAGGUGCCAGUGAGAGGUCUUCAUUAUGCGCUUCUUAAGAAGACUUUAUUUGAUUUGACAAGAUUUUAUUUUGAGGGGCCAAGCUUAAAGAAUUCCCACCGCCGACCCCUCUGCUCCCCCUCUUUCUUUUCCCCCUCUCCUCAUAAUCCUCAACCAAAAAAGGGAGAAAAAUAUGUAGACUUUAUUUUCACUUGGCUGCAUGGAGCUCACGCUGGGAGAGAGUGUGUGUUAACUCUUUGUGAGGCACACAGAUUCAGCUGCUUGGACAUACACAGUGGAGAAUUAUCACAAACUAGGCCGAAAAUUUCCAGUCAGAUGAUUUUUAAGGGCUUGUACUUGAGUUAUUCCAGAGUGUGGAGAUUAUCUCUGAGAGGAUUUACCUCAGAGGUCGGAGUAUCUCAAAAGCAACUGCACUUACUGUAAUUCCAGCUCAGAUUACGAUCAUAUGGACUUUAAUUUGAGAUGAUGCACAGACGUUCACGGCCCCGAUGUUUAAAGUCUGAUUAAACGAGCCAACAUUCGGAACAUUAACAAACACGGUGAAUUAAUAAAAUCAUUUGUCUUAACAUUGUCAUGUUAUGUCUUAAAAUCUUAUUUGUAAUAUGACAGCUGACAUAUUUUUGACCCACCUGUUGGACUUAAAAUUUUAUAACAAUUCUUUAAGACAAAUGGCAACGUGCUGAAACAACAAAAUCUGUUAUUGGGAAAACAUUUAAAGCAAUAGUCUGACAUUUUCAGAAACCUUUUUAUUUACUUUCUUGCUGAGACUUAGAUGAGAAAAUUGAUGAAGUAUGAAGCUACUGCUAGCUUAAAGACUGAAAAACAGAAACACAUGGCCCAGUUCUUUCCAAAGGUAAGAAAACCAUGUGUCAGUUUUACACUUUGGUGUUUUGUCUGGAUUAAACAAACAAGAUAUAUCUUGUUGAUUUUUUCAGCCUGCACAUUGUGUGACCUUUGGACAGAGGCAGGUUAGCUGAACUAGCUGUCCCCUGGCUUACAGCUUCAUAUGGACAGCAGAGUGGGAUCAGUUUUCACCGAACUCUUGGCAAAAAGUGAAAAACCCUUUUUCAAAAAGUGUCAGAGUGCUCCUUUAAGUUAAUUAACUAAAUAAAUAAAUAAAUAAAUAAAAUAAAAUAAAUUUAUUUGCGUUGCAACAAAAUUAUAAAAUAAUUAUCUCAUUCCCCUGGUCAACAACAUGUUCACCUGUUUUAAGCAAACUAAGGUUUUAGGACUACCGGUAAAUACUUCUAAUACUUCUAAAAACAUGACUUGUUUGGAUGGAUUUCUUUUUUAUGUUGGGUUUAUUAACACUUAGGUCCUCUGUGGUUAUCAAAGCAUCUCCACUUUUUCUUUUACUCUUUUUUACUAAUAUCCACAUAUCAGUACAACCAAUACACAGACGCACCAGGCUGCUCUGACCUGCGCUUUGAUCUGCCCUGCUUAACAAUCAUGACUGAGCACCUGACCUACCGACAGUUCAUCAUGUGUGGUUUGCUACAUGCUUUGCACCAGCUGACCAUGACCCCCCGCACGGAAACACUUGAACAUUUACACCAGAUAGUGUUUAGAUUGUUUUUGUUUUUUUGGUUUUGGUUUUUUUUUUUCGUUAUAGAUGAAAGCCCUAUCUUUAGUCACAUGCUGACAAGUCAGGUCAAUCUAUUGCAACAUGUAGUAUCUCCCCUGUCUGUGAAUGUGUAACGAAGACAGAUAUUUGCCUUACCUUUUAUGCAGGACUGAAUGAUUAGCUAGAGAGUGUUUUAAGUGGGAAGAGGACAGGGAGCGGAAAAGAUGAGACACAAAGAGACAGCAGAACAGAAAGCACAUUUCUCCAACAGAUUGCAGCCACGGCAGCAACAAUAACAGUAUUAACAGGGAGAACAACACUAAGCAUGACACGCAGUAGCUAACGAGAGACUGUUCAUCCAUACGUCCAGACCUUAAGCGGUGCGUGGAUAAUGAUUCAACCGAGACUGGGAAGGAGCUUUUGGUGGUUGCUUUGCAGCGUACAUUACUCUUAAUUUUCAACUUGCUUGAUGAAAGAAUGCGGCUGCAGUGCCGUGACCGAUGGAAUUACACUAAAUGUAUUGCAGACUGCUAGCGUCGGUUUAUUACUGUUUCAGGGUGCCGAGAAGUAAUUUCCCUUAAAGCUCAUUGAUUCGCAUUGAAAUAAUUAUGUUUAAUCACUGAGAGGUCAGUUCAGACAAAACACCUGAGAGGCUGAAACUGAAUACGUUUAAAGUCAUCUUUUCUUCCUGUAGGCAAAACCUUCACGGCAAAUGGUGACAUUCAUUCAAGGAUUUUAGCAUGUACUGUAUUUAGCUUUGUAGCCUUUCAUUUUUUGUCAUAGCAGGUUUUGGACUUUAAAGUUUUGUUUGUUUGUUUUUUUCAAGCAAUCACCCAGCGGUGGUUGAGAUACAGUAUGAGCAACCAUACACAAAGGUUCUCAUAUGGUUUAGAGAAAGUAGGCUGGAAAUUUACAGUGCAUGUAAAACAGCUGUGUUGGGAUACUUUGCCAUCCUGGCUUCACAUCGAGACACUCGCAGUGUUACGUUAGCCAUCCACACCGAGACGUUUUCUUAGGAACCAAAGUUAAAUUUCUGUUCUCAUGAUGAAAUAUUGAUGUUGUUCCAUGUAUGUGCCUUGAGGUUGAACUUACAAUGUAAAGUCCUUGAAACCUUUAAAUGUUUUUGCACAAACUGUAAAUACUUAAGUGAAGCUUUUUAAAAAUAAAAGAGCCAUUGGA